GUGUCCUUGUAGACUUGGGUCUGGAGGAAAACGGGACAGCUCAUCAGAGAGCAGAGAAAUAUGUUGUUCGUCUGGACAACGAGAUUCAAACCAAGUUUGAAGUUUUUAUGAGGAGGGUGAAACAGAACCCGUACACGCUGUUUGUGCUCGUUCAUGACAACUCCCAUGUGGAACUAACGAGUGUCAUUUCGGGCUCUUUGUCACAUGGUGAACCCAGUCAUGGAUUGGCUGACAGAGUCAUUAAUUGCAGAGAAGUUCUGGAAGCUUUCAACCUCCUGGUACUCCAGGUCAGCUCCUUCCCGUACACUCUGCAGACCCAACAGUCCCGAAUCAGCUCUAGCAAUGAGGUUCACUGGAUACAGCUGGAUACCGGGCAGGAGGACAUGGGCUGUGAGGAGAGGCUAUACUUCGGUUUGAAUGAGUACAGCAAGUCUCUGCAGUGGGGGAUCACAAGCCCACUGCUGAGAUGUGACGAGACUUUCGAAAAAAUGGUGAACACGCUCUUGGAGAGGUACCCCAGGCUGCACAGCAUGGUCGUCCGCUGCUACCUUCUCAUCCAGCAGUACUCGGAGGCUCUGAUGGCUCUCACCACCAUGGCGCCACUCCGAGACCACAGCACACCAGAAACACUCAGCAUUAUGGAUGACCUCAUCGGCUCCCCAGGAAAAAACAAAAGUGGGAGGGGACACAUGCUCAUUAUCAGGGUACCCUCAGUGCAGCUGGCGAUGUUAGCCAAGGAGCGGCUGCAGGAGGUGCGCGACAAGCUGGGGCUGCAGUACCGCUUUGAGAUCAUCCUUGGGAACCCGGCCUCUGAACUCAAUGUUGCGGCUCACUUUGUGGCGCGAUUAAAGAGUUGGAGAGGAAAUGAACCAGAAGAAUGGAUCCCUCGGACAUAUCAAGAUUUAGAAGGUCUGCCUUGUAUUGUGAUAUUAACUGGCAAAGAUCCUCUUGGAGAAACUUUUCCCAGGUCUUUGAAGUACUGUGACCUUCGGUUAAUCGAUUCAAGCUAUUUAACUCGAACGGCCCUGGAGCAGGAGGUAGGUCUGGCAUGCUGCUAUGUUUCAAAAGAGGUCAUCCGGGGGCCCACUGUCGCCCUGGACCUCAGUGGGAAGGAACAGGACAGAGCCACCGUCAGUGAGAAUGACUCCGACGAGCUGCUGAUUGACCUGGAGCGGCCCCAGAGCAACAGUAGUGCUGUCACUGGAACCUCUGGUUCCAUCAUGGAGAAUGGGGUGAGCUCUUCCAGCACGGCCGACAAGUCCCAGAAGCAGUCCCUGACCCCUAGUUUCCAGAGCCCAGCCACUAGCAUGGGGCUGGAUGAAGGGGUCUCUGGCAGCACAGCUGGAGCCAGGGAGACUCUGAAGCAAGAGUGCGACUCCCUGGACCCCCAAAUGGCAAGCAGUACCACCUCCAAGCCUUCAUCGUCCUCCUCAGGACCAAAGGCCCUCCCGUGGCUGGCCCAGCCCAUCAGAGGCUGCAGGGGCCUGCACGCGGCCCUGCCCCCAAUAGUGAUCUUAUCCAAAGCAGCCUACAGCCUCCUGGGCUCCCAGAAGGGGGGCAAGCUGACAUCCUCCUCGUGUCUGCUGCCCCAUGCCGAUGUGGCCUGGGUGAGCUCCUUGCGACCUUUCCUGCACAAGGACAUGAGCAGCGAGGAGCAGUCCCUCUACUACAGGCAGUGGACCUCAGCUCGGCAGCACCAUGCGGACUACAGCAACCAGCCGGACCCGGCCUCUGGUGCCCGCACCUGCCACCCCCGGCGACUGCUGCUGACAGGGCCCCCUCAGGUGGGAAAGACCGGCUCCUAUUUACAGUUCCUUAGGAUCCUCUUCCGCAUGCUCAUCAGGCUCUUGGAGGUGGACGUAUACGACGAGGAGGAGAUCCACACUGAUCACAGUGAAAGCAGUGAAGUAAGCCAGUCAGAGGGAGAGCCGUGGCCUGACAUCGAGAGCUUCAGUAAAAUGCCUUUUGACGUCAUUGUGCAUGAUCCCAAGUACAGUUUGAUGAGCCUGGUAUAUACUGAGAAGGUGGCAGGGGUCAAACAAGAAGUAAUAAAAGAAUCCAAAGUUGGGGAGCCCAGGAAACGAGAAACCGUGUCCAUAAUGCUGACCAAAUACGCAGCCUACAACACCUUCCACCACUGUGAGCAGUGCCACCAGUACAUGGACUUCACCUCUGCCUCCCAGAUGUCUGACUCCACCCUUCAUGCAUUCACAUUCUCCUCCUCUAUGCUGGGAGAAGAGGUUCAGCUCUAUUUCAUCAUUCCCAAAUCCAAAGAGAGUCAUUUUGUCUUCAGCAAGCAAGGCAAACACCUGGAGAGCAUGCGGCUGCCCCUGGUCUCAGACAAGCAGAAUUUGAAUGCAGUCAAGAGCCCUAUUUUCACUCCUUCCAGUGGUCGCCAUGAGCAUGGACUCCUAAAUCUUUUCCACGCCAUGGAGGGCAUCAGCCACCUUCACCUUCUGGUAGUCAAAGAAUAUGAGAUGCCGCUCUACCGAAAGUACUGGCCCAACCACAUCAUGCUGGUGCUUCCUGGCAUGUUCAAUAAUGCAGGCGUGGGUGCUGCCAGGUUCCUGAUUAAGGAGCUGUCCUAUCACAACCUAGAACUGGAGAGGAACCGCCUGGAGGAGCUGGGAGUUAAACGCCAGUGUGUCUGGCCUUUCAUCGUUAUGAUGGAUGACUCGUGUGUCCUGUGGAACAUUCACAGUGUGCAGGAGCAGACCAGCCAGCCCAUGGAAGCAGGAGUUUCCAGUAAGAAUGUCUCCUUAAAGAGUGUCUUGCAGCAUAUUGAAGCCACACCAAAAAUCGUCCACUAUGCAAUCCUGGGCAUACAGAAAUGGAGUAGCAAACUGACUUCUCAGAGCCUAAAGACCCCAUUCUCCAGAUGUCAUGUGCAUGAUUUCAUUCUCCUCAACAUAGACUUGACUCAGAACGUGCAGUACGACUUCAACAGGUAUUUCUGUGAAGAUGUUGACUUUAACAUGAGAACGAACAGUAGUGGCCUGCUCAUCUGCCGCUUUAAUAACUUCAGUCUCAUGAAGAAACAUGUUCAGGUUGGCGGGCAAAGGGACUUUAUCAUUAAACCAAAGUUUAUGGUGUCAGAGAGCUUAGCACCCAUCUUGCCCCUUCAGUAUGUCUGUGCUCCUGACAGUGAACACACGCUACUGGCAGCCCCUGCACAGUUUCUCCUGGAGAAGUUCCUUCAGCACGCCUCAUAUAAACUCUUCCCCAAAGCCAUCCGUAAUUUCAAGAGUCCUGUGCUGGCCAUUGACUGCUACCUUAACAUUGGGCCGGAGGUGGCCAUAUGCUAUGUCAGCUCCAGACCCCACUCCAGCAAUGUCAAUUGUGAAGGGGUGUUUUUCAGUGGACUCCUCUUGUACCUCUGUGACUCUUUUGUAGGUGCUGAUCUUCUUAAGAAAUUUAAGUUUCUAAAAGGUGCUACCCUGUGUGUCAUCUGUCAAGACAGAAGCUCCUUACGCCAAACAAUUGUCCGCUUAGAGCUAGAGGAUGAGUGGCAGUUCCGCCUCCGUGAUGAGUUUCAAACUGCUAAUAGCAGUGAUGACAAGCCUCUCUAUUUUCUUACUGGACGCCAUGUAUGAGCUUUCGAGGAGACCAAAAAUAGCAAAGGGAUGCCUAGGUGGGGUGGGACAAACAGUUAUUUGGGAUUAUUUUUUUUCUUUAAAGUACAAUCACUGUGGAGCAAAGUGCAACAUAUUUGUCUGUUCUCCAAAGAACUCCCCAAAUCUGACCUACGUCUUUGGGGACAUCACUCUCCUUCAGUUCCAAUUACAGAACCUUAAAUUCAGGUAAACUCCACCCUACGCAGUUAUGCAAUUACUUAAGAUAUAGUCUGCCCACGGGAUCCGGAGGAGGAUAUACUUUGGAGAAUGAGCAUGGAGUUUGCAUUGUUUUUCUACUAAACUACAUAAGGAGGAAACUGACUCUCAGCAUUAGCUAGCCUGAAUGUGUUACAUGAGAGUCACACCAUUGGUGUGGAAUUAACUGAAGAUUAACGUUUGAGGCCUAAACCCUCAGCUUCUCUUCAGUUCUGUACUUUGGUACAGUAUUACUCAGGGGUCUGAAAUGAUAGAAUGUAGAAGAUAUUUGUAUUUAAAAAAAGAAGUAGCUUUUGUCUUUCUCUGUGACGUGUUAGUUUAAGAUUUAUAAUCUUAUAUGUAUUGAAACCUUUGGCAAAAUUUCCACAGGAGUUAAAAGUUUACUAUUUAAACUGAACAAACAAAUCAGUAAAUGCAGAGCAGGCAUUGUGUGCAUUUAUGCAGUUUCUCUUAGCUUAAUUCCUUUGCUUUUCCCAUUUUUAAAAAAAUGUUUCCAGUCUUUAAGCACACCACAUCUAUGAGAAUAUGGAACAGUGACUAAUCUUGGGCAAGAACCUGAUUAAGUGGUUGAGCCAGUUAAGAAGCUUUCAGUGGUUAAUCCGCACCCACCGUGUUUAGUUGGAAUUAAGCAGUUGGCACCAGCAAAAAGUUCUGUUGUGGAGUGAAGCUAGUUCCUUUCAGGGAUUCAAGCAAAGCUUCCUGUAAAAGAUACACUGUAUAUUAGCUGCCUUACGCUGACAACACAAAAAACUGCUGAAAUGGGAACUAGAGCCAUAGAAAGAGAAUUGUUUUGCUUAAUUUUACCCAUGACUCUUUUGUGAGGAGUAAGGAAGAUUCUAUCAAGACUUUCUGACUCAAAAUCAGCAGGGAGUGUUGUCCAAUAUCAGCAGUAGAAAGCAUAAACUACUACAGAUUUCUCACAGAAUAUUUUAAUCAAAAACAUUUUUAGAAAAUGUUCUAGAACAAACUAAGUCUACUGGAAGUUUACUCUUAAAUUAUUCCAGUCUUAUCAUUAAACAUUCUCUUGAGAUUAGCCCAUAUGUACCACUUUAUCCCCAUUUAAAAUGGCCAUCUUUACUUGAAACAAUAUCGUUUGUGACCUGAAACUACUGAGAGAGGCCUACUAAGCCUGCAUUUACUGAGAACAAAUAGUGUUAAUUAACCAGCUUUAUUAUCUUGUGAUAACAAGGAGUUUACAGCUAGUGAAAAUAUGGAAUGUGUUUGACUGAAAAUGGUUUGCAGAUCUCUUGGUUUUAAUAUAGCUACUUAUGCUUUAAAUGUCAA